AUGAUUAAGACUGGCUUGCAAUGGUUCGCUACUCAGACAGGUCUCGGAGCUUCAAGCCAUCUUGAAACGGGUGGAUUUGCAAGGUCAAACGAUACCGUAGAACAUCCAAACAUACAGUUCCAUUUCUUGCCGUCAACUGUUCACGAUGAUGGCAGAACAGUGGGAAAGUGUCAUGCAUUUCAGGUGCAUGUAGGGAAUAUGAGGACACAAUCGAGGGGAUGCAUCAAACUGUCAUCUAAAGAUCCACGAAGGCAUCCAAUCAUCGAUCCAAAUUAUAUGGAUCAUGAUGAUGAUUGGAAAGAGUUUAGGACAGUGAGAAUUGAUUUUGAUUAUGAUCAAUUUUCAGCUAUACCUGGCUUAUUUAGGAAAUGCGUUCAACUUUCUCGUGAACUUUUUGCUCAAAAAUCUUUUGAUCCAUUCCGAGGUGAUGAACUUGCCCCUGGAAAAGACUGCAAGUCAGAUGCGGACAUUGACAACUUUGUAAAAUAUGCAUCUGCAUCGGCUUAUCAUCCUUCUGGAACGUGUAAGAUGGGACCUUCGAGCGACAAAAUGGCCGUCGUGAACCCAGAAAAUAUGGCGGUAUAUGGAACUGAAAAUCUCAAGGUUGUCGACGCCAGCAUAAUGCCGUCGAUAGUUAGCGGUAACCUGAACGCACCA